CAGGUUUUUCCAGUCAGCUGAUUGUCGAACAUAACCUUCAAUUAUUAUGUGCGCGCGCGUUUGUCAUAAUGUCAUCCAAAGAUAUUUGCUGGAAUUCUUCAACAUAAUUCAGGAAGCAGCGUGCUAAUUAAAGGAACAGCGAAAAAAAUUCACUUUAUUUAAUAUAUUGCACUUGAUUUAAAAACGACAAUAAUGGCGAAAAAGGACGAGGGUAUUAUAACGAGAGAGGAUUUCGACGCCGGACCUUCGAGUUGCAAUGAAAUUGAGCCAAAUCUCUACUUGGGAAACUUAACGGCAGCUACAGAUUCAGAAUGGUUGAAACGAGAGCAAAUAACACACAUUUUAACAGUCGAUUCAUGUCCAUUGCCAAGGAAAAUUCAAACCCUCCCUGACAUCACAUUGAAAUACAUCCAAGUCACUGAUAUGCCUCGCGAGGACUUACUGACCUACUUUGAAGACACCUAUCAAUUUAUUCUCUACUCAUUGGAACGUGGCGGUAAAGUUCUCGUUCAUUGUUAUUUCGGAGUUUCACGUUCAGCAACUUUAGUAAUCGCCUACAUGAUGAAAAGGCACAAUAUGACUUUUACCACAGCCUUUGACGCUGUGAAAAAGAAGAGACGCUUUGUUGGUCCCAAUCCCGGAUUUCUCGCUCAAUUAAAACUCUACGAGCACAUGAACUUCAGCGUUGACAAUACGAAUAUUCAAUUUAAAUUAUAUCGACUUCAAAUUGCCGCCGAUAAAGUGAGAAAGGCAAAAAUUCUCCCACAAAAUUAUAUGGAUUUGGUGAAGGCUGAUCCUGCAUUGACCACCGUUCGGCCGGAGCCAACAGUUUAUCGUUGCAAAAAGUGUCGGCGAAUUGUCGCGAACGCCAGUAAUAUUCUACCUCAUUCGCCGAAGGAGAAGCAAAUUUGGCGACACGUCAGUAUUAAAAAGGGAAACGACAAAACUCUGCCAAAGCAAAUAAGAAACUUACAAAUGCCAGAGACUGCGGCAAAGCAGCAGCAGCAGGAAGAGGCGAAAACUGUCGAGAUGUGUAACAAGACUUAUUUCAUAGAACCACUCGCCUGGAUGCCGGACAUUACGCACAAUGUGGAGGGCAAACUCAACUGUCCAAAAUGUAAUUCAAAAUUAGGCUCUUUCAGCUGGAUUUCUGGCUGUCAGUGUCCUUGUGGCAGUAAAAUUGCUCCCGCCUUCUAUCUCGUUCCUUCUAAAGUCGACUGGAGCAAUGCAGUACAAAAUGUCGAGUCGACGAUUUAAAAGAAAAUCAUUUUCACCAGGAUUGGCAAAACAAAUUCACAAUUUUAGAUCGAAAUUAUGAUCUAAAUUCAGAAUUGAAUUUUCAAAAAAAAAAUUGCAACGAAAUUAAUUGCUUUUGGUUUCAAUUUGGCAAAAUAAUGUAAUUAUUUUUGCUUUCAUUUCAAAAUACGGAACCAAAAGCAAUUAAUUUCGUUCCGAUUUUUUUAAUUUUCAAUUUUCAAUUUCAAAUUUAGAAUCUAUUCUGAAUUUAGAAUCGAAUUUCAAAAAUUUGCCAUACCUAAUUUUUACCAUGUACUUCCAUUUCAAAGGAAAUCAUUCCGAUUCUUUUUGCUCAACUUUUUUGAGAAUUCUGAAUUUCCGUAUUGAAUGAGCGCUAUAUUUAAUAUUAACAGUCAGGCCUUGGAUAUUAUGACUUUUUCGACUUUUUUCAACUAUUUUCAAAUAAUGCGACAAAAUAACAUAGUUUUAGUAUAAAAUGCAACUUAUUUUGAUUUUUAUAAUGCAAAAAAUAACUAUAAACAAAUCAGAAUGUCUACUAAUCGAGAAAUCCGGGAAAUAGCCGGGAAUUUAAUCUGACCGGAAAUAAGCCAGAUUUCAGGAAUUUUUUACCAAAUCGGAAAUUUUUUCACCAAAUUAAAAAAAGUUUUAUUAUUUUAAUUUGAUUUUAAAAAAUCCCUUUUUAUUCCAAUUUACAUAGCUAUUUUUUGAAUUACUUAAAACUAAU